UCUACGAGCAGAGGGGAAAUUAAUGCGGUGACGAACGGCAUGUUCAGUGCUACGAGAAAGAAGUUUGAGGGGGUCGAAAGUGACUACCCUGAUGAGAGUAUGUACUAUGGCCAGCCGUCGAUGUUCCCUCAUCGAUCGGAGAAAGAUAUGCUGGCAUCUCCUUCACCAUCGUCUUCAGGUCAAUUGUCGCAGCUUGGUGCGAGUUUGUAUGGUCCACAAAGUGCACUAGGCUUCUCAAUAAGGAGCAUUGGCAGCAACAAUCCCCAAUUAAAUCGCAGUUUAACGCAAGGCACUCAGUUACCGAGUCACAGCACCCCAACGACAGGCGUCCCAACAAUGUCUCUUCAUACUCCACCUUCACCGAACAGGGGCAUUCUACCUAUGAACUCCAGGAACAUGAUGAAUCACUCACAGGUUGGCCAGGGCAUGGGUCUAAGUGGCAGGACCAACAGUAUGGGCAGCUCGGGUCUUGGCAGCCCCAACCGAAGUUCGCCUAGCAUCAUUUGCAUGCCAAAGCAGCCACAGCCGGCACGUCAGCCCUUCACCAUCAACAGUAUGUCAGGUUUUGGAAUGGGUCGAAGUCAGGGGUUUGGUAUAAACUCUUUAUCGAACAACAUCUUCAAUGGAACUGAUGGAAGUGAAAAUGUGACAGGACUGGACCUCUCUGACUUCCCUGCAUUAGCAGACAGAAGUCGGAGGGAAGGAAAUGGCAACCCAACACCAUUGCAUAAUCCCUUGGCUGGAAGGGCUCCCUAUGUUGGGAUGGUGACAAAGCCUUCAACUGAACAGUCACAAGACUUCUCGAUUCACAACGAGGAUUUUCCUGCACUGCCUGGGCCUAACUACAAGGACCCAACGUUGAGCACGGACGAAAGCAAAUCACAGAACUUGAACUCAUCAGCCAAAAGCAGCUCCAGUGCAGAUGGACCCAAGUUCCCAGGUGAUAAGACAUCAGCACAGAACAACAACCAGCAAAAGAAGGGGAUCCAGGUGUUGCCUGAUGGUAAGGUGACAAACAUUCCUUCAGGCAUGGUGACAGAUCAAUUUGGAAUGAUCGGGCUGUUGGCCUUCAUCCGAGCAGCUGAGACAGACCCCGGAAUGGUUCACCUGGCACUAGGAAGUGACCUGACUACACUGGGACUCAACCUUAAUUCUCCAGAAAAUCUCUAUCCCAAGUUUGCGUCUCCUUGGGCAUCUGCGCCAUGCCGACCACAGGACAUUGACUUCCAUGUUCCCUCGGAAUAUUUAACCAACAUUCAUAUUAGGGACAAGCUGGCUGCAAUAAAACUAGCAAGAUAUGGGGAGGAUCUGCUGUUCUACCUAUACUACAUGAACGGAGGCGAUCUCUUACAGCUUCUGGCUGCUGUGGAACUCUUUAACCGAGACUGGAGGUACCAUAAGGAGGAGAGGGUGUGGAUUACAAGAGCACCUGGCAUGGAGCCCACUCUGAAGACCAACACUUAUGAGCGAGGGACAUACUACUUUUUUGACUGUCUUAACUGGAGGAAAGUAGCUAAGGAGUUUCACCUUGAAUAUGACAAACUUGAGGAGCGGCCUCACGUACCAACCACCUUCAACUACAACCCAGCACAGCAAGCCUUCUAAUGCGGAGCUGUUUUGGGUUUCUGAGCUGCAGGAGCAGACCUCAGGGCCAGCCACGGCCAACCACAAUCUGCUUUUAUUCCUCACCUGUCUGGACAAGGACUGCUAGAAGGGGGCAGGGGCUCUCCUCCUUUUUUGAUAAGGGGAGACUUCCUGCCCUACAAAUGAUGUGCUGCCCAAAAAGACACUCAAAACACACCCUUUCACUGUUUUUAAAUACCCUCAUGCUUUUUCUCCUUUUUUCCUUUCGAGCACAGGUCUGUGUUUUGUUUAUGCCUCUGAUCAAAAGCCUGUUUGGUCUCUGGCAGAAGAACUGACUUGCAGUACAACAAACACACAGCAGUAACAACUUAAAGGAUACGUUUCGUUUUCCGAAACGUACCUAGCUAGUGACCAGGACAGACUAAAAAAAUCAAUCCAAUACAUGUGAAUACGAAAGGGCAGAAGAAAUGCAAUGUUCAUUGUUGCACUAUUUAGUAAUAAAAGAACACAAAAAUUGUUUUGUGCUUUUUUAUCUGGCAAAAAUGCUCUUACUCUGAUUUUGUCUGGAAUGAUACACAGCCUGCUGUUAACAUCAUGGAUUUUCUUACUUGUCCUAUAGGUUUUUUUCUUCUCUUCUUCUCCAGAACAUUCCUUUGUUUCGUCAUCUUAACCAUGCUAGCCGAUCCUCCACCCGGUCAGGUUUUCUCUGCCUAACUGCUAUAAUUACAAUUCAGACUGUUUUAGUGACCAUUGUGGGAACAGCUUGUGGACCAUCACCCACAAGGUUGUGACUAAGCUACAUUGCUCCAGAGGAAAAAAAAAACACUUUUCAGUCUUUGUUACGAUUUUGUAAUAAAUGUGUACAUUUUUUUUAUUUUUUGGACAUCACAUGAAUAAAGAUAUGUAUGUACGAAUGUGUAUAUAUUAUAUAUAUAGAUAGUCGUAUCUAUAUAUAUAUAUACAUGACGUCUAUUUUGGAAAAAGUUAAUUAUUCUUUGUUCAGCCUCAUUUUUAGGAGGUGAGCAGUGGUGGCAUUAUGUGUUAGAAACAAACAACAAAAUAAUAAUAAUUAAAAAGUGUUAAUAUUAUUAAGCUGCCAGACAGGUCUUGUUACCCUGUGCACUUAAGACCAAGAUGAAUAAAUAAAAACAAGGAAGGCCUGAUUUUCUCAAACCAAGGACAUAUAUACCCCAAAAUCUAAAAACCAUUUCAGUUGCAGCUGUUUGAAUAAAAACAUUUCAUAGGAAAAGGAAAACUGGUUUUACGGCUAACGAAAAAAAAAGAAAAAAAACAGUCCAGUCUUGUAUUUUCUGAAAACGUUGAAAGCGUAUUUCUUUCCUUUGUAAUAAAGCAGAACGGCUUUCCUGAA